AUGGGGGCAGGGGCCCCCCUGUCCCCCCGCUGCAGCAGCAGCUGCAGCAGCAGCAGCAGCUCCAGCAGCAGCAGCAGCAGCACUAGCAGCAGCACCUGGGGGCCCCCCGUACCCUCUUUGGCCCUUCAUACCUUCACCAGCGCAACGCCGCUCGCCAGCAGCCCUCGCCACGACCUCAGCAGUGUCGACGGAGGGGCUCUGCUGCUGCUGUUACAUCAGCUACACCGCCGGCAUGAUAGGGGCCCCCACGUGGAUGGGGGCCCCCCGGGGGCCCCCGGGGUCCCGGGGUCCCCCCUUCUUUCGGACGAGGCUAUAGAUGGCGCAUGCAGCAGCAGCAGCAGAAACAACAGCAGCAACAGCAACAGCAGCAGCAGCAGCAGCAGCAACAGGGAGAUGCUGCUGCAGCUGCUUGCUGACGAGAUAAUGCCUCAGUUCUUCGCGCAUGCAUCCGUCCAGCAUUUGGUUUCGCUGCUGCAGCACCACCAACACAACCCAGAGGCCCUCUCUCAGGCCCUCGAAGAGGAAAUAUAUGCAUGGGGGAGACAGGAGGGGCCCCCCCUCUCCAGUUCCGGGGGCCCCCCUUCGUCAAAGGGGCCCCCAGGUCUAGCCAGGGGCUGGCGUCUGUCUCCGCGUCCUUUUAUGGGGGCCCCCAUCAUGGAGGGGGGGGGGGGCCCCACGGGGGCCCCUGGGGGGGGGCCCCCCAGGGGCCCCCGUGGCGGCGCUGAAGGGUCCCCUUCACCAAGCCCUAGGAGACCCAGGGGCCCCUGUGCCUCCAAGGAGGGGCCCCCGCCUCUCCCAGCAUCGAGUCAAUACAUUGAGGCCCCACAAGAUGAAUUCGUUACACCUGUAGGCUCUCCUGACGAGGGCCCCCAGGGGCCCCCAGAGGGGCCCCCAGAGGGGCCCCCCUUUGGGGCCCCCGAGGAGGGGCCCCCAGAGGGCCUCCAAGAGGGGCCCCCAGAGGGCUUCACCGAGGGGCCCCCCGAGAGCCUCCCCGAGGGGCCCCUUGGGGGAUCCCCCAUCGAGGGGGGCCCCCAAGGGGGGCCCCAAGGGGGCCCCCACGGGGGGCCCCAAGGGGGCCCCCACGAGGGGCCCCAUGGGGGCCCCCACGGGGGUCCCCAAGGGGGCACUUUGCUGCCUGGUCUGGAGAUGAGGGAGGAGAGGGGGGCCCCCUAUCAGUACCCACGCCUGUUGAGGGGCCUCGCCAUGGAGACAGCAGAAGCAGGGGGGCCCCCCCCUCUGUGCCCAUCCCCUGAAGACUAUAAUAUUACAGCGGGGAGCAAGAGGAGCGAGGGAGAGGAGGAGACAGAGACGCUGGAGAGGGGGGCCCCUGGGGGCCCCCCUUGGGGGCCCCUGGGGGCCCCCAGUGAGAUGAGCGAAGAAACAAAUUCUGUACUGACUGCUGUGCGGCGCGCUCGGGAGGAGCGUAGUCUCCGCGCUCCUGUGUUUAUCGAUGCAGAAACAGAGAGAGCUGUUGCUGCUGCUUUUGAGGGUACUGACGAGGGUUUGGGGCUGGAGGCCUUCAGGGAUAGGGUACUGGGGCCCCUACUUGGAUUGGGGCCCUUUCUUGCUGGGCCGCUGUUCAGAAGAAUGGACACUGAUGGGUCUGGUGUAUUGACAGCAGCAAAACUAAAGAGCUACUGGAGAGGCCGUUUCAUACUCAAGACCAAAGACCCCUCUCUCCUUGGCACUGUCCCUUUGCCUCCGCUCCCCACAUACGGGGCCCCCUUCAUCGAUACACCUGAGGGCCCCGAGGGUACUGGGGGCCCUCUCCACCAGGGGCUCGUGCAUAUACCCAGAAGACCUCAAACCCUGGAUACUGGGUGA